AUGGAUUCCAAGCCACUCCAGGCACGGAUCCUCAUCCUCGACCACCAUGACUCGUACACCAACAAUUUGCUCCACUUGCUCACCCGGCAUCCUCUCAACUAUACCGAUGCGGAGCUAGAGCGCAGAAUCCUCGUGCGACACCAUGAUACGCUCACUUGGGAUCAGCUCAGUCAUGAUAUACUGCCAGAAAUUGACAUUGUCAUCCUUUCGCCCGGUCCAGGUCGACCAGAUCGGCUCGAGGACUUUGGCCUCGCGCAUCGUUUGCUCAGAGAAUGCGAUAAGCCCAUCUUCGGUAUCUGUCUCGGUCAUCAAGGCAUGGCCACCGCCUUUGGCGGCCUGAUCGACUCUGAGCCUGAUCUUGUCCAUGGUCAAGUCUGCCAGAUCCAAAUCGAGUCAUCGCAAGGGCUCUUCAAAGAUCUUCCGCCCGUCUUCGAUGCUGUCCGCUACAACUCUCUGACCGUGUCCGAGCCAGAUUUGCCACAUGAGCUACAAAUAACGGCUUACUCGACGUCGCCAGAUGGCCGCCCAAGCAUUAUGGGUCUCCAGCACACGAGCAAACCGAUAUGGGGCGUGCAAUUCCAUCCAGAGAGUGUCGCUUCGACCUACGGCGCCAAUAUAUUGAGCAACUUCCUCGACAUGGCGACUCGUCAUCUAGAUUUGCAAGAAGAUCGCGCUCUGAGCCACAAGCUGCAGGUCAGCUCGGCUACUCAUUGUCGCGACACGGUCAAGCCUCUCUUGGCAAACGUCAAGACGGCUUCCAUGGCUGCUCAUCAGUUCCAAGCAGCAAACCCAAAGGAGCCGGCUCAAGUCUUCCAAACCAUGUGCCAAGGCAUCGCACCUGGGCUGGGCGAGAUCUGGCUCGACAGUGCCCGUCCGACUGCUCAUUCUCGUUGGUCAUAUCUGGGCAUACCUAGCGCCGCUCUCUCGUAUCGACUCCAGGAACGUGUCUGCACGCUCAAAUCAAUCUCUGGCCAGAUCGAGGAAACGCUCCUCAGCAACGAUCAAUCAUUCUGGUCGUACGCCUCUGAUCUCCAUCGUCAUCUUGCAGACGUCACGGAUGUAUCGAGCGAGUGCGACAUACCCGUAGGCUGGUAUGGCUACCUCGGCUACGAGCUCAAGCGUGAAUCGCUGCCUGCCGAGUAUCAUGCAGAUCCUGCCCGACAAGCCGACGCUCAGCUACUCUUCUGUCCUCGCGUUCUCGCCUACGACCACGAGCUUCGGACCUGGCAUGCUCGUGUGCUCACCGGUCGAGCUGAGUUACAUGGUAUCCAGUUCGCUGUCGAUGAAGCAGCGGCGGCCGAAUGGCUAAAGACGGUCGAACACUUCCUCAACAGCGGCGAUACUACGCAGGCGAUCCAAGCUGCUGCCCUGCCUGCUGCAACGAGCUGUGUUCCUGUCAUUCAAGGCUCGCAGUAUCGGCGCAAGAUCGAUCAGACUCGCUCGUACAUCCAAGCAGGCGAAUCUUACGAACUCAAUCUGACGAACAAAUUUGACUUGGUGCCGCAUCAAGCGACAAAGAUUGACCCUUUCGCGACGUACCUUCAGCUUCGCGCAAACAAUCCGGCUCCCUUUGCUGCUUAUCUUGCGCUGCCGGGCUUGCGCGUUCUUUGCUCAUCGCCCGAGCGAUUGCUACAGAUCUGGCCGACACGGGACAAUUUCGAGGAGCGACGAAUCCAGAUGAAGCCCAUCAAGGGUACAGCUCAGCGCAAUAAGCUCGAUGCACUCAAAGAUGCGCAAAUCGCAAAGACGCUCCAGCGUGACCCUAAAGAACGCGCAGAAGGUCUCAUGAUCGUCGAUCUCAUUCGAGCAGAGAUGGCCAGUUUCUGUCAUCCGUCGAGUAUUGAAGUGGAUAAGCUCUGGGCAAUAGAGUCUUUCGAGACCGUUCACCAGCUUGUAUCGACUAUCUCCGGCACGCUCAAAGCUCAGGUCGGUCCUUUCGAAGCGAUUAAGCGAUGCUUUCCUCCCGGUUCGAUGACGGGCGCUCCCAAGCUUCGAACGAUGCAGUUGCUCGAGGACUUGGAGGACUACAAACCUCGAGGCAUCUAUUCUGGUGCACUUGGCUUCAUCUCAAUCGACGAUCGCGUCGACUUGAGCGUCGUGAUCCGUACGCUCACAAUUGCCACACCAGAGCAUGAUAACGUCGAGUCACGAGCUUUCGACUCGGAUCAGCUUCACAUGUCCAUCGGGGCCGGCGGCGCAAUCACUUGGCUCUCGGAUCGCGAGGCAGAGUGGCAGGAAGCCUGUCUUAAGGCAGCCUCGGUCGCAAAGUCCCUUGGCGUGGCUACUCCCUCUUGA